UAUCAUCCGCGCAGAUUGCCGAAUGAAUUUAUUGCACUUAUGUGUGUUGUUAAAAAUUAUCGACAGUGGCUCAAAUCCCAAUUAAUCAGUUUUUUUCUUUUGAACAAAAAAAAAAUGAUAAGAGAUUUCUUCGAAACAAUUCGUGCGCCCCCGCGAAAUGCCAAAAGUACAGGUGGUAUAAAAGAUGGAAUGGUUGGCGAAGGUGGCACAUUCGUGAGUGCACAAAGUAAUCAUGAAGCUGUUCAUUCUGUUGGCUCUGGUCUUUGCUUCGGCAGCCGCCUACCCCAAGUAUUUCCGUGACAUCGAUGGAUUCAUCGUCGGUGGCCAGAAUGCCAACAUCGCUGACUUCCCCUAUUCCCUGUCUAUGAGGCGCAAUGGUGGCCACAUUUGUGGUGCUUCUGUGAUUGCUGCUCGCUGGGCUCUGACCGCUGCCCACUGUGUCCCCGGUGCCCCUGCUAGCCAGAUGACCUUCCGUGGUGGUAGCUCCAACCGCCUGUCCGGAGGUACCCUCUUCCAGGCCGAUCAGGUCCACAGCCAUCCACAGUACAACAGCCCAUCCCAGCUCAACAAUGACGUUGCUGUCCUCCGUGUGACUGCCAAUCUUGCCGGAACCAACAUUCGCUCUGUCCCUCUGGCCGGAAGCGGUGGUGAUAUGGGUGCUGGUGCCCGCGCUCUCAUCAACGGCUGGGGACACACCCAGUGGCAGGGAUCUCUUGCUACAAAUCUACAAUGGGCCGAAGUUGGCGUUGUCUCCCGUGCUGCUUGCCAGUCUGCCUACGGAAGCAUCAUCACAGCCAGUAUGUUGUGCGCUGCUCAUCCCGGACGCGAUGCCUGCCAAGGUGAUUCUGGCGGCCCAUUGACCACUUUGGGACACGUUCAGCAUGGUGUUGUCUCCUUCGGUCACCAGUGCGCUCACCCCAACUUCCCCGGAGUGUAUGCCCGUGUUGGAGCUCCUGUUAUCCGCAGCUGGAUCAACAGUGUUUCCGGCGUCUAAACGAAUGUCCAUAUUUGACAACUAAAAUAUCUCCAAAACAAAUUCCACUAGUUUUUACAAUGUCCUCUCUAACUGCGAUGUUUAAUAAAUUUGCAAUUUAACUCUCUAA